GUCUACUCCUUCUGCACGUUGACAUCGGGUCGAAAUUUACGAGGCGUGCAGAAUUUAGGUGCGAUUCUCACGUUUGUUGACCUGAAUCAAGGACUCAUGUUGGACGCAUCAGCGGUCUGAGGUCCGACAGCAGGCCGUGCUUAAUAGGCAAUGCAGUCUGUCCUCAGACUGGCAGCAGUAGCGGUCCCUAUGGGUUUGCUGCUCUCCAGAACCAUGGCAUGGAUGUCUAGUGGCAAAACACAUGUAGAGCUCAUCACUCGCUUGAGAGAUCAUGGAGUCAUUCGCAACGACAGAGUGUUUAAUGCCAUGCUUGCCACUGAUCGAGGGAUUUAUUCCAGAGACCACCCGUACGCUGACUCUCCCCAGUCCAUAGGAUACAAGGCUACAAUCAGUGCCCCUCAUAUGCAUGCACACGCUCUUGAGGUUCUCAGUGAUAAGUUAACAGAAGGAGCCUCAGCACUGGAUGUGGGUUCUGGAAGUGGAUAUCUCACUGCCUGCUUUGCCAGAAUGGUUGGGCCCUCUGGAAAUGUAGUGGGAAUAGACCACAUAGAUCAACUGGUGCAAUCCUCUGUGAAAAAUGUCCAGGCAGACGACCCAGAAUUACUUGCCUCUGGACGAAUUAAAUUAGUGGUGGGUGAUGGACGGUUUGGUUUCCCUGAUGAAGCCCCAUAUGAUGCCAUUCAUGUUGGAGCAGCUGCUCCUACACUCCCGAAAGCUCUCCUGGAACAGCUGAAGCCAGGUGGGAGACUUGUUUUGCCUGUGGGCCCGGAGGGUGGAAGCCAAGUUCUGGAGCAGUACGACCGACAAAGCGAUGGCACGUUCCUCAGAAAACCUCUGAUGGGGGUGGUUUAUGUCCCACUGACAGACAAGCAACACCAGUGGCCGGGCGAUGAGCUCUGAUUGCAGUAUGGUUACCCCUGCAGGAGAUGGCGCUGGUGCUGUGGUUCAGAAAGCCCGUAGUGCUGAAGAAAAGCCUCUCAUCCCAUCUCACCUGCUGCCUAGAAACACAAUCGGCUGGAUCCUACCGAUUCUCGACUUAAAACUGAAGUUCAGAUGCAGAGAUUGCUAGAAGACUGAAACAAGCUCAGUAGGUGGUGUGUCUCUUCACAUAUGUUAACCCUGAGUGAGCAAGAACUUCCAUAUCUAAGGCUUGUGAUCUCAGUAUGCUUCAUAAGUGGCCCUGUGCUCUGCUUAUUCAGCAUAUUAUACAGCAAGAAGCAAUGGAAUAGUGUACUGCUGUCAUGGUACCUUUUAACGUCUCACUACUAAGUUAAAUGCCAAGGCUUAAAUAAAUUGCAAACAAUACUUUUAGGUAUUGGAAUUUAGUAUUAGUUAAAAAUAUAUAGGUUUUUUUUCCAUUCUUAUGCGCAUGAGUCAGAUUUUGCUGUUGUCUAAUCAGCUGUGUAAUUUAAUUUAACGUUUUUAAUUAAGGUAGAUUUUUUUGUAUUAAUCUACAUGGUAAAUGUAGACUGUUAAAUGUACACAGAAUAA